AUGGAGUUUGAUCGCGUUAAUGACAACGACAACUUGAGCUACCCGGAUGGUAUGUUUGAAGUUGAUUCUCUUUUGAACUUCGAUCAUAUUCAUGCUCAUGACCAAGAUACUGCGACGGGCCAUUUGAAUCUAGAGAAAGUUGAUGUUGAUAUUAAAUUCUGUUCAGAGGUGAAUCCUGGUGUAAGUGAGUGCAUGGAUACAGUUAUAGUGGAGGAGACUUGUCAUUUGAAGGAAAACAUUCAAGAAGAAAGCAGCUUAACAGAUCUUUUAUUGACAGCAGCUGAAGCUAUUGAAGCCGAAGACUGGCUGUUGGCCUUCACAGUGAUCGAGAGUCUGAAUAGUCGCCUUACUGAUCGACAAAAUGGAGAGAACUCCUUCAUGAAACUAGUAUUUUUUUUCACUCAAGGUCUGCAGUACAAGAGCUUUAAUAAUGCCCCAGAAUUAUUACAUGUACCACAAAUUCAGAAACAAACAGAUUCAAUGUCUGCCUUUCAGAUGCUGCAAGAGCUCACACCUUACCUAAAGUUUGCACAUUUUGCAGCAAACCAAGCAAUCCUCGAGACAACACAAGAAGACCAGGAAGUUCAUGUGAUUGACUUCGACGUUAUGGAAGGGAUUCAAUGGCCACCGCUAAUGAUUGAUUUAGCAUCAAGGAAGGGAGCUUCUUUGAGAAUAACUGCUGUUGUUGGUGACCCAAAAAAGAUGUGUUACAUUCAACAAACCGGCAGAAGGUUGAAAGAGUUCGCUGAUUCAAUCUACUUGCCAUUCAGGAACUUUGCAUCAGUUGAGUGUUUCUUAAACGGCUUACGUAAACUCUCCCCAAAGAUGAUUAUUCUAACAGAAGAACUUUUGAACUUUUCUAGGACCCCAGCAAUGUCUUUUGUAGAUUUCUUUUGCGAGGCUUUUCAUCAUUAUACUGCACUCUAUGAAUCAUUAGUUACUAGCUUUAGGAGUUACAAAGCGGGAUUGAAGAUGAUCGAGGAAGUCAUAGAACUUCGAAUUCUGGAUAGUUUGAAGCAAUUUCCUUGUGGGAGCAGUGAAAAGAAGAGCUGGGAAGAUGGAAUUUCAGCACUGAAGGGUUAUAAGGCUAUACCAAUGAGUGAUCAUAAUGUUUCUCAGGCAAAAUACUUGGUGGGACUCUUUAGGGGAGGUUAUUGGGUGCAACAUGAAAGAUUUCCUCGAUCUGUUACAUUGAGUGACUCUGAUCCCUGCAAGGUCUCAUCACAAGCACAAAUAGAUUGUUGCCAGCCAACAGCAAAUACCUAG